AUGCGACUGCCAACUCCGCUCACGCUCCUCGGCGCGCUGAUGCUGCCGCUGCUCGCCUCGUCGGCCAAGCAGUCGUCGGCGCGCGACGCCCAGCUGGUGCAGCGCCAAAAGGACCUCUACCGCCAGGCCGCCACCUCGUCGUCGGGCUUUGUCGACGUCGACACCGCCGACUUCCAGGCGCUCGUACACGUCCCGCGCGACUACGCCAUCACCGCCCUCCUCACCACCACCGACAAGGUCAUCAACUGCCCGCCCUGCCUCACCUUCCAGCCCGACUUUGAAAACAUCGCCGCAUCCUGGAACAGGGACAAGGCGCGCAGGUCCAAAAAUGUCUUUGCCAAGGUCGAGUUCUCCAGGGCCAGGGAGGUCUUUAAGCUGUUCCAACUGCAACAUGCGCCCGUCCUCAUGACGUUCCCGGCCUCGACGCCCUCGAACCCGACACCCGACCCCAUCUCCUACGACUUCAACCGCUUCGGCUUCGAGGGCAGCGACCUGGCCGCCCACCUCUCCAAGACGUUUGACGUGCCCUUCAGGUACGCCAAGCCGCUCAACUACCGCCUCAUCGCCGGCGUCGCCACCGCCGUCGUCGUCGUCGUCACGACGCUCGUCUUUGUCGCGCCCAAGCUCUCGACCGUCAUGCCCACCAGCUCCAAGCCGCUCUGGAUGCUCCUCUCGCUCUCGUCGAUGAUCGUUUUCACCAGCGGCCAGAUGUGGAACCAGAUCCGCAACGCGCCCUACCUCUCGGCCGACCGCGGACGCGUGCAGUACUUUGCCUCGGGCUUCCAGAACCAGUACGGCGCCGAGACCCAGAUCGUCGCCGCCAUCUACGCCCUGCUGGCAUUCAGCUUUGUGGCGCUCAUCGUCCUCGUCCCCGCCCAGCGCGACCCGACGCGGCAACGCGCCGGCGUCUACGUGUGGUCGGCCAUCAUGCUGGGCACCUUUAGCGUGCUCUUUGCCAUCUUCCGCAUGAAGAACCCGAGCUACCCAUUCCGUCUGCUCCUCUGA